AGAGAGGGCGAGAGAGAGGGGUAGAGAGAGGUUGAGUGUGUGAAGUGUAGAGCUGAGAGAGCGAGAGAGAGAGAGGAGAGAACGACAAACCGGAGGAGAAUAACGACGAACUGGUUCGUCGCUCCGGUUUUCACGAUGACCUGCAGAGAUUCUGGACCGUGAGCGGGGUGAGCGCCUCUCUCUCAGGCGUCUGAUGCCCUGGCCCAUCCGUGGAUACACAGCGGACCUCUCCCACCUUCUGCUGCUACUGCUUCCAGCUUUCAGCUAAAAACAGGACCACACCCAAAUUCUCCACCCAAAAAAGGAUCAAGCUCCUGAGAGGCAGAUCAGUCGUUACUGAAACUGGGGUGCCAGAGCUGGGAAGAGCAAAGCAACGAAAAAUGGAUGAUUUGAGGACAAUUCGAGACAGUGACAGGCUUGUUGUGAAUGUUGGCUUGUGAAGAAUCUUGUGCAGAGGUGUCACACGGAUCGCGAGAAAGCAGAGCGGAAGGGAAAAAUACUCACCGUGUGUCACACACUUUCUGACCACCUCCUACAGACAAGCACACACACAUGAUUAAGCGCUAAUACAUUCAUCUUACACUCAUCCAUGCUCACAUUCACACUGACAGAUGCACACAAACAUACACACACAAGCAUACAUACACACACAAAUACACAUGCAUGUGCAGAUGCUAUUUGCAUCACCCAUUAAACUCUAGUAGUUUAGGCAUUAUGAUUGCAAACUGAAUAAGCUUUUCAAUAGGCUGUAGGCUCCCCCCACACACAUACUCAUAUACAUACAUACUUUUAUAUUGAUAAUUCCCUUACAUUCCUUACUCCAUUCUGCUUACUAAUUAGGGGGCCAAACCCUUUUUUUUACAGGCUUCAGAGGCCACACACACACAAACACACACACACACACACACACACACACACACACACAAAGACCAGUCUACUCUCCAGCCUCAAGAUGAUGUGUGAAGUGAUGCCCACUAUAUCGGAGGAUGGACGUGGUGGAAGUGGCGGGGGUCCGUCCUCUCCGGCCGGCAGUGGCGGCAGUAUGGGUGGCGGAAUGGGAGGUAUGGGUGGUUACGGAGGCCGCGAGCAACGAGGCGGAGGCGACGAAGGAGGCAGUACAGGAAAUCUGGAGAGUCUGAUGGUGAACAUGCUGACGGAGAGAGAGCGGCUGCUGGAGAGUCUGAGAGAGACACAGGAUAGUCUGGGCACUGCACAGCUCCGGCUCCGAGAACUGGGCCACGAGAAAGACUCGCUACAGAGACAACUCUCUAUCGCACUGCCACAGGAGUUUGCAGUGUUGACCAAAGAGCUGAAUGUGUGUCGGGAGCAGCUGCUGGAGAGAGAGGAGGAGAUCGCUGAGCUUAAGGCAGAGAGGAACAACACACGGCUGCUGCUGGAGCAUUUGGAGUGUUUGGUGUCUCGUCACGAGCGUUCUCUCAGGAUGACGGUGGUGAAGCGUCAGGCUCAGUCUCCGGCUGGGGUGUCCAGUGAAGUGGAGGUGCUGAAGGCCCUGAAGUCGCUGUUCGAGCACCACAAAGCUCUGGAUGAGAAGGUGAGGGAGAGAUUGCGUGUGGCUCUGGAGCGAGUGUCCGCCUUGGAGGAGGAGCUGGAGACUUCAUCCAAUGAGGUGGUCUCUUUGCGGGAUCAGAUAAAAAGAAGAGAGCGAGGGAUGGACAACGGAAAAGAGCGUCUCCCCAACGGCCCGUCCUCCCUCCUGGAUGAUGGAGAGAUGGACAGACAGAGAGAGGGAGAGAUAGAGAGGCAAAGAGCUGAGCUGUCACAGCUGAAGGAGAGACUGGCGCUAAUGUGUAGACAGGUCGGCGAGAUCGAGGAGCAGCUGGCCUCUGCCAGGAGGGAAGUGACCAAAACAGAAGAAGCCAAUCAGAAACUGCAGAGAGAGAUUAAAGAGGCUCUGUGUCAGAGAGAGGACAUGGAGGAGAGGAUUACUACACUAGAGCGCAGGUACCUCAGUGCCCAGCGGGAGGCGACGUCUCUCCAUGACAUCAAAGACAAGCUGGAGAAUGAACUGGCCAGCAAAGAGUCUCUCUACAGACAGAGUGAGGAGAAAAACAGGCAGCUGCAGGAGCGUCUGGACGAUGCUAAACAGAAGCUCCAGCAGACGCUGCAGAGAGCUGAAACACUGCCAGAGAUCGAGGCUCAACUAGCCCAGAGAGUAGCUGCACUCAACAAGGCGGAGGAGCGCCAUGGCAACUUUGAGGAGAGACUGCGACAGAUGGAGGCACAACUGGAGGAGAAGAAUCAGGAGCUGCAGAGAGCCAGGCAGAGGGAGAGGAUGAAUGAUGAACACAAUAAGCGACUCUCGGAUACAGUGGACAAGCUGCUGUCUGAAUCAAACGAGCGUCUGCAGCUCCACCUGAAGGAGCGCAUGGCUGCGCUGGAGGAAAAGAACGCUCUGUCUGAGGAACUGGCCAAUAUGAAGAAGAUCCAGGAUGAUCUGCUAGCAAACAAGGACCAGCUCAUUGCAGAGUUGGAGCGGCUGCAGUUAGAGAUGGAUCAGCUCAGGGGGCGGUCAGGUUCCGCUUACUCUCGGUCUCUCCCCGGCAGUGCUCUGGAACUGAGGUAUUCUCAGGGGGGAGGAUCCUUACCUGCAGGCUCCACCACCCACCUGGACCACUACGGCAGCACAGGCUCAGGGGGUGUGGUCAGACGGACGCACCGUGGGCGCUGGGGUGGGGCCAGGGAGGACGCCAGCAAGGUGAGGAGCUUUAACACGUAUGGAGAGUGGGACAGCGGCGCUCUGUUGGGCCCAGGCUUCGAGGGCGGGGUCGAAGGCGGAUGCUCGGAUGAUGAGGAGGACCGUGAGACGCUGUUCGGCUCGGAGCUCUUGUCCCCCAGCGGACAGACGGACGUCCAGACACUGGCUAUCAUGCUGCAGGAGCAGCUAGAGGCCAUCAACAAAGAAAUCAAGUUGAUUCAGGAGGAGAAGGAGAACACAGAGCUGAGGGCUGAGGAGAUCGAGAGCCGGGUCAGCAGCGUGGCUCUGGAUGGACCUCCAAUACCCCCCUCCUCUCUGGGCCGGGACGCCAGCGGCAGAACCUUCAUUCCACCAUCCCUUACCUCCUCCACACUCGCCUCACCCUCUCCACCCAGCUCGGGACACUCCACCCCCCGCCUGCCCCACUCCCCCGCACGCGAAACUGACCGACAGAACAACAAGGAUGAUGAUAGGUCACUGGCCCUGCUGGACUCCACCCCUCCCCCCACCCCUCGUGCACUACGAUUGGACAGGAUGAGCCACACUCACCCUGGUGCUAUGCUGGAUGAUAGCCGCGAGUUCCGCAGCCUCUCAGCAGAUGGCAGCAGCUCCAACAGCAGCCAGGAUUCCCUCCACAAGGCCAGCAAAAAGAAAAGCAUCAAGUCUUCCAUCGGCCGCCUCUUUGGAAAGAAGGAGAAGGGCAGGAUGGGCCAGCCAGGCCGAGAGUCCUCCUCACUGGCAUCUACUCCCUCUGAUGACCUUGGCUCUGUCGAUCCUUUGGGUCUCACUAAGAUGGCCGGGCCUGUGGACAAAGACCGACGCAGCAAGAAAAAGCAUGAGCUGUUGGAGGAAGCCUGUAGGCAGGGGCUUCCCUUUGCCUCCUGGGACGGACCUACAGUGGUGUCCUGGCUGGAGCUGUGGGUGGGCAUGCCUGCAUGGUACGUGGCAGCAUGUCGUGCUAACGUAAAGAGCGGUGCGAUCAUGGCCAAUCUGUCGGACACAGAGAUCCAGAGAGAGAUCGGCAUCAGCAACCCUCUACACAGGCUCAAACUGAGGCUCGCCAUCCAGGAGAUGGUGUCACUGACCAGCCCGUCAGCACCGGCCAGCACACGCUCUUCAACCAGUAACGUGUGGAUGACCCAUGCUGAAAUGGAGUCCCUGACUGCAGCCACCAAACCAGAGCUGAAAGAGUUCAGCUGGGAUCAGAUCCUUGCCUAUGGUGAUAUGAACCAUGAGUGGGUGGGCAAUGACUGGCUGCCCAGUCUGGGUCUACCCCAGUACAGGAGCUACUUCAUGGAGUCUCUGGUGGACGCCAGGAUGCUGGAUCAUCUGACCAAGAAAGAGCUGCGUGGGCAGCUGAAAAUGGUGGACAGCUUCCACAGGGUGAGCCUACAUUAUGGGAUUAUGUGUCUGAAGAGGUUGAACUAUGACCGGAAGGAGCUGGAGAGGAGGAGAGACGAGAGCCAGCACCAGAAUAAAGAUGUGAUGGUGUGGUCGAACGAGCGAGUGAUGUGCUGGGUGCAGAGCAUCGGACUGAAGGAGUACGCUGAUAAUCUGACCGAGAGCGGCGUGCAUGGAGCCCUGCUGGCCCUCGACGACACAUUCGACUACACUGACCUGGCCCUGCUUCUCCAAAUACCCAACCAGAACACACAGGCACGACAACUCCUGGAGAAGGAGUACAACUCCCUGAUUUCCAUGGGGACGGAGAGGAGGCCGGAUGAGGACGGCACUAAAACCUUCACUCGCUCUCCGUCCUGGAGGAAGAUGUUCCGGGAGAAGGACCUGAGAGGGGUGACCUCCGACUCAGCAGAGACGCUGCCUGCCAACUUCCGUGCCUCGGCCAUCUCCACGCCCUCAGUGACCCUGAGGAAGGUCCAGAGUGAAGUGUCUCCUAGAGGAGAAUCUGGAUCAGUGAGGACGUACUCUUGCUGAAGGGCUCAGGUGGCGCUGUUAGCACUGGAGUGGAACUCUGCUGUUAUGUUUCAUUCACUUGGAGGGGAAGAGGAGGAGAGAGCAGAAAAAAGCAAUGAAUAUUUACAUUUCUUCAUUUAAAACCUACUGGUCCGACCAUUCUGCAAUAACAGAAGGAGAGAGGAAGAACAGAAGAAGGAGAACAAACAAGAACUUGAUGACAACAGACGUGACGAAUGUAUGACAGAGGAAAAAGAUAACGAGGCGGACUGGCGCAGGAGGAGCUGAGUGACUAUUUUAUCUUUCGCUCUAUCGUUCAUUCUCUCGUCCCUUUUUUUCUGUCUGUGCCGCCGGGGUGUGUGUACAUGAGUUCUCAGUCGUUCAUUUGUGCGGAGUGUGUUCCUCCCCACGCCUUUCGUUUGGACUGAACUAAACAGGGGGGUGUUUCGCUCGGAGCGUACCGUUGGUGAGAACAGGGGUGGGGUGUUUUGCAUUGGUUUCUUCAUCCUUUCCCACUCUGGACGGGACGUGGGUGUUUACAUAUAUAGCGUAGCGUAGCGCGGGGCGAAGGGCUUUGAGACUGAACUUGUUUUAUAUUAGAGCCGUGACGCUCGGUGCGAAAGCAAUACGGUUGAUAUUUAACUCAAGACAAGUCCAAGUGCUCCCAGUGGUCCCAGUGCUGCGGCCCUCAGCUGCACCAGUACAGACAGAGGAAGGAAACCAAUGUGGAAAGAGCUGCAUGGGACUAAUAGGCACAACUCCUAUUAAAUAGCUCCCACACUCCCACCAGUACAGCUGUAGAUUAGAAACCUUUGGGUUGGAGGGUCCGAGAAGUGACGGCAAGGUGAGAACAGAUCAGAGAAAAAGAGAGAGAGAGAGAGAGAGAGAAAGAUAGAUAAGGAGAGAAAGAGAGGUUGAAAAGAGAAAUGUAACAGCAGGAAGUGUCCAAACGGACAGAAUCACUCUACUAUCAAUGCAAGCCAUAAUGUAGGACAAAAAGGGGGAAAAAAAAAGAAAACCAAACAAAAUAGAGAGAGCAGAAAAAGAGAGAGAGAGAGAGAGAGGAAGAGAACGUUCAGCUUCUGUGUUGCGAUGCAUGACAAACAUCCAAGAUGACAAUGAACUAAACCUUUCUGGGUAAUAAUAAGACAAUGUGAAGUCAAAAUAUGAAAAAUCGAUAUGUGUACAUUAACGUGCGAGAGCUUGGGGAACAAUUUGUAAAAUGUGUGUAUUUUCAUUUUUAUUUUUGAUUUUUUAUGACAACUAUAUUUAUUUUCUUUAUGUAUGUAUUGAAUAACUGUAUGUACAUGUUCAUUUAAUACUUAAUUCUGACUAUAAUUUGAUUUGAUCUAGUUUAAAAGAAGCAUAAAUAUAAAAAAAAGAAAAGAAAAACUUGCUCAUUAAAAUAUGCUACUUGUAUGUGUACAUUUUGAGAACAGAGUUGUGUUAUGAUUAAAAAAAAAACAGAACAUUACUGACGAUGAGGAUGAGUGACAUCAGAAAUGAAGAUCUGCAAAAUAAAUCGUGAUGAUACUGAUGAUAAUGGAGAAUAUAAAAACAAAAUAAAGUGGUUCUAAUGGUA